AUGGGAUCCAAUGUUAGUAGUGUAAAGUUACCGGCAAAUGAUAAUUUGCCUUUAGAGGAUGAAAAAUCAUCAAGAGUGGAAAUACCAAAUAUGCCACCAACAAGAAGGAAAACAAUAACAACAUUUGAUAAUCAGAUGAGUAGAGUAUCAAUAGUUUCUAUACGGUAUGAUUCACCAAUUAAUGUUGGAGAGGAUAUUAAAUCGGAUAUUACAUUUGAAAUGUUUGAUCUCGCCAUGGCUAGAGUUUUUACAUUUCUUGAUAUAACUUCUCUUCUAAUGUGUUCGAGUGCUUGUAAAAAGUUUAGAGAAUUAGAAAACAAAUAUCAAGAUGUUUUGUGGCAAAACUUGUAUAAAUUUCAUAAAACCAACAUGAUGUACAUUUGUACAAAUCCUUCACAAGCUCUUCAAAUGAUGGAGGAAACAAAGAAAAAACACCAAGCAUCUGAUAGUAUUAGGAAAGGAAUGGAAAGAAAUGAGCUUGGUCUUUUGGUAAAUGAUCCAAUUUUGUUGGAAUUGAAAAAGGAUGUAAAAAAUUGGAAAGAAGAAUGCUUGAACUAUUAUUUUGUAAAAAGGAAAUUCAUAUCUUCUCAACAAGAAUAUUUACUUUUGGCAAAACUUAAAGAAUUACUUUUAACUCAACCUGAAAAUCCAACAAGGAGGAAAUCUUCAGUAGUUGGACAUCUUUCCAAUAUUGGUAAUACUGAUUCACCUAUUGCACAGAACGAUAUUCAUACAGCCAGAAAUAGUGAUAGCAGCGAUAGUAGUGACGAUUUUAAAUUUGAUAGUAUCGACGAUGAUUUCUUAAAGAAAAAGAGCAUGGAAUUCAUGAUGUAUAAUAAUGUAAAAUCUUCAUUGAUUGAUGACAAUCCCUUUGGAAGUGAUGAUGAUGAGGAUAACGACACUCAAAAACACAACGAGGAAGCUUUAAAUCCAAAUCUUAAUAGGUGGAAAGAAGCAGAAUCAGAUUCCGAUGAUGAUAAUUGGUUGGAAGAUGAAAAAGAUGAUGAGAAAUUAGAAGUAGAUUUAAAGAGUCCAAAUCAAAUUUUACAAGAAAAGAUUGGAAUGACAAACAGUGAAUCUGAAGAAAACUUUUCGACUCCUUUAGUACUUAGAGGAGAGCCAAUUAAUAAUAGUAGUAUAAAACAUUUUGAGGAAAACUCAGAUGAGGAUGAAGACUGGUUCAAUGACGAUGAUGAAAAAUCAAAAGAUAGCUCGAUAAUUGAGCCUAUUGUCAAGAAGGGUGAAAGAGCAUCCGAAAUUGAAAGUCAAACUAAGCUUCAUGUUAAAAAUGACUUUUCCGCACUUGAUAUCAGUGAAGUCAAGAUAGAAAUAAGUUCCGAGAAUGAUAAUAACAAAUCAUUUAGAAAUUCCUCUUCCUCCAAUCAUGUAACCUUAAAACUUCCUUCCAUUGAUGAUAGUGAUGAUGAACAUAUUCUAGGCCGUGAAGCAUCUGCUUCAGAGAUCAAGCUGGUAUUCUCAGAUGAUUUAGAUUCUGAUAAGAAGAAGAUAUCUACACCAAAGACUAAAGAUGAAAGUGAAAGAUCUGCAAGAUCUUCAUUCGAAGAAGAUAUUGAUGAUUCUAGAGGUUCACACAAAAAGUCUUCAUUCCUAAUUUCUAAAUCAUCCAAUGAUGAUGACUCUGAUCCUUGGUAUUCAGAUGAAGAGAGUACAAAAAAGACUGUUCUUCAUGUUGAAUCUGAAAAUUUAAAUAUUAAGAAAGAAGAAACUGACUCGGACACAGAUGAUUGGUACAGUGAAAGCGAAGAUGACAAGAAGAGUAGUCAUUUUGGAUUAAUGCUAAGAGAUAAUGAAGAAUCACAAAAGGAUUCCUCAUCAUGCUACUCUGUUUCAAAACUUGGAUUUGGUAGUAAUUUACCAAGUUUUAUUGGCAGUCAAUCUGAUACUGCUAGAAGAAUCAAAGAGGCAGAGAAUCUUACAUUGGAUGAACUCAUCACGGAUCUUACUGAUGUAACAAAACUGAAAGAAACUUAUCUGAAUAGAUCAAAUGCUGAAACCCAACAAUUUUACAGCAAGUUAUUAUCUUUCCAUCAGAGAACACAGGUAUUCUGUGGAGAUGAACCAGUUGAGGAUACAAUGCCUGAUGCUAUGAUGGCACCAAAUGAUUGGCCAACAACCUUAUCUUUCUUCCAACAAAAGAAAGGUCAAGGUAUUGUUAUAAAAUUGAUUUACAUUGAAGAGAUUCAGACACCUUACCCAGCAAAACUCUGUAACCCUGUACUUAAAUUCUUUGGAUCAAAAUCAAAAGAGAUGAGAGGUGUUUGUUCUGGAUUGAUUAUUGGACCAUUUUUACUUCAGUGGAAUAAGACUCACUCAUUAAUUAUACCAAGAAAAUUAGUUUCAGACUCCUACUUGUAUCAAACAAGAACUCAUCGUAUUGCAGAGCUUUUUAAUGUUACUUUGGAUUCAAUUAUCGAUACCAUUGCUAAAAUUAUUGUAGAGUGGAAUCUCACAAAACUGUAUCAUGAUCAAUUACAAAAUUGUCAACAUUUUGUUGAGAAAAUAAUUGAUUCUCUUGGUAUCAAGAAGGUUUUGGAAACUGAAAGAAUAGGAAAAACGAUUUUCAACUAUAAUACUAUCUUGAAUAGAGAAGGAAAAGGGUCAAUAGAAUUCAAUUUUGCUGACCAAGCUAAACAUGACAAGUUAUAUGCAUGCUUGGAAAAGAAGUAUGGAUCUGGAAAGGUUACCUUUGAAACUCACAAACAAUUAGAUGAAUUUAUGAGAUCAGUUAUUGCUGAAGAUCCAAACUUUACAAUUACUCACCACCAAGAUUAUUCCUUACUUGUAUUCUUUGAUCAACUUUUCUGGGCUAAACAUUCUUUACUUCCAAAUGAGGACCAAUACAAACCUCUAUCAGAUGAAAAAUCAUCAACUCUGUGUCCAUUCGGUUCACUGGCUUUUGGUACAACCAAAUGA